GAGAUAGGAAUCGAUCUUUUGCUCUAUUUCUCUUCUUUCUUUCUUUGUCUGUCCAUGCCCAUAGGGCACUGUGACUACAUUAUGUCAUCAUUUCUUCGAUACAUGUUGUAUUUAAUUUAUGUAAUUGACUCAAUUAAAAUAUAAUUCUGUAUCUACAAGUCAACCUAACUAAAGAUUCCAGUAAUAUUUUAGUCAAAGAAAAAAUCUCCAAAUAGUGAUAUUUAUACCCUUGGAGACGCUGGAAGUAGUAUUUUAUUAUUUUCAAGUUGUAUACAAAGUUGUGCAGAUCUUUCUUGGUUUUGUCUAAGCAAUUUUUGUUGAAUAGAAGCAAAGCACUUCAGCUCUGUACAUUAAAAAGCUCCUUUUGGUUUUCAUACCAAAUAUUCUAGACAUGGCAAAGUUCGUAAAGGUCGUCUUUUGGUAUAUUUUAUCGCUUCUUCCCGCCAUAGUAUUAGGCGAAUGUACUUGUGAUUCUGACGAUGAUGAAAGGAACAAAAACGAGGCACUCAAGUACAAAAUGGCAGCACUCGCUUCAAUUUUGGUUGCCAGUACAAUUGGGGUGUGUAUUCCCGUAUUGGGCAAGGCAGUUCCCGCCUUAAGUCCAGAGAGGAAUUUUUUCUUCGUAAUCAAAGCUUUCGCGGCUGGCGUGAUCCUAUCAACGGGAUUUAUUCACGUCCUUCCGGAUGCGUUUGAAAGCUUGACAUCGCCGUGUUUGAAAGAGAAUCCAUGGGGAAAAUUCCCUUUCAGUGGAUUUGUUGCAAUGGUUGCUGCAAUGGCUACUUUGAUGGUCGAUGCAUAUGCAACUUCUUAUUACAAUAAGAAAUUUAUAAUAAGUGGAGUGGUGGUUCAGUCUGGAGAUGGAGUUGUUCAUGCUAACUCUCAUGGCCAUGUUCAUGGUUCAGCGUCAAUGAUGGCUAAUCCCGAGUCCGAGCUCCUUCGUUAUCGUGUUAUCUCUCAGGUUUUGGAAGUGGGAAUAAUAGUACACUCGGUGAUAAUUGGAAUAGCUUUGGGUGCUUCUCAAAGUCCCAAAACCAUAAAGCCUCUUGUAGCUGCUUUGACUUUUCAUCAAUUUUUCGAAGGCAUGGGACUUGGUGGAUCCAUUGCUCAGGCAAAAUUGAAGUCUCGUGCAAUUGCAAUAAUGGCUUUAUUUUUCUCUCUCACAACCCCAAUUGGAAUAGCAAUUGGACUAGGAAUAACAAAUGAUUACGAUGAAAACAGUCCAACGGCUCUUAUUGUGGAAGGAAUUUUUAAUUCAGCUUCAGCUGGUAUCUUGAUUUACAUGGCACUAGUUGACUUUUUAGCUGCCGAUUUUAUGCAUCCAAGAAUGCAAGGCAAUGGAAAGCUUCAAUUAGGUGCCAAUAUUUCACUUCUUCUUGGUGCGGGACUCAUGUCUCUGUUAGCAAAAUGGGCAUAAUUUUUCAAUAUAUGGAGUAUUACCAAUUUUACAUUUUGUUUCUUUUUACCUUUUUUUUUUUUUGCAUCUUCUUUUGACAGUUGCUUCUACAAAAUACGAUUGUAAAAUCUUUUAUACUAUACAUAUAUUGCGGCCUAUAUUUUAUUUAUAAACUUGUUUUGUUUA